UCUGCACCAGCGAAAAUGCAAGUGGGAGAAGCCGGGGCGGCUGCCUCGCGUCCCGUGCCCCUGCGAGGGGCAGCCGCAGCGCCCUGAGCUCCCCGCCCACGGGCUGGCGCGGUGGAGCUGGGUGCAGACUUGGCCCGCCUGGUCCGGGAGCAGCCAGGACCCCACAAAUAUUUUGAAGCAAAAUUUUGAAGCAAAAUUAACACAAUUGAGUUUGACACACUGAAUUUUGAACCAAUUUAUCUGGUUUUAGUUAAGGAGACACCAUGACUGGGGAAGAUUUGCUCAAAGACACUACCAGCGUCAAGCCGGAACUGGUUUUACGGCACUGUUUUAAACAAUACAAACUCAGAGAUUUGUAUCCAAAGUUUUUCUUUAAAGUGAAACCAAGUACAUUUGGGCCACCCAAAUCCAGACGUCGCAUUAUUAUCGCACCUCCAAUGGUAAGACCAGCUUCUGAUGGUUCAAAACUCAUUCAGACCACUGCCAUCGAUGAAAAGGAGGAAGCUGCUGCCUGGCAAGUGACCCCUGAGGUAGAAAGCUGUCCCCACACUCCAGAAGAACCUUCAGAAGCAAGAGAUGAUCUACUAAAGCUGGAAGCUUGGAUAACGGAAAGGAGAAAGCUCCGCUCUCAAUUGGAUAGCCUUGUGGAUGUUGAAAAAUGGCUAAGUCAAAAACUUUGCACCACUGAGCAAGAAGAUAGAGUCCUGGAAAACUUACAAAACUGCAGAGCAGUGAGGAAGGCUGAAAGGAAGUUAGCUGCGACCAGAAAUCUUGAAAACCUGCUGCCAAAGCACGACCUGCCUCCUCAAAGAAGAGUCAUCCCCCUUAUCAACGCUCCCUAUCCCCAGUCCCUCAUCACACUGCAUAACCUUCUGCACAAACAAAAGCUCAAGAUGGUGGACUUAUUCAGGAAGGCGGAUAAGGACAAGAAGCAAUUCAUGAGAUCAGACUUCAUUAAAGUUAUCAAGGGGGCCAAAGUCCCUAUCAGUGACAAUGACCUGGAAGAUGUGAUCAUCUUCCUUACUUCUUCAAAACGUGGGAAUUUUAUAACCAGUGACGAUCUGGUUGAAUGUCAAAAUAUAUGGCUGGAUACAAUGAGAGAUCAGACAAAACAACCCGGGGAGGCAAAAACAGCAUGUCCCCGAUUUCACACCCAAAAAGCUGUUUCUAAAACUGUUAGUCGUCCAGCAUCUGCUGCUGGCAAAACCAAAGAGAUACAGCCACUUGCUCCUGGUGAACCUGGAGCAAAGUUAACACUGUUAGAAGUUCCCCCUAUCGACACCGAACCGGAUCACAGACCUCUAAGCUAUGAGGAAAUGGAGGAGAUUGGGAAGAGAUGCAGAGAGAGGAAACGAUGGGAGAAGGCCAAGGUCAAUCCAAUACAAUGGCUGGAAUGCUGUCGACUGGUGAGAUCUGGAAACAAGGCCAUUGAUGAACACUGCUUGCCAUCUACAAUGGAGAGUGAAAUGGGGGAAAUAAUUGAUCAGCAUCGAAGGACCUGCUACAUGGUUUAUCUGCAGUGUCUCAAAUUAUGCAAAGAAUAUAACAUUCCACUUACCAAAAAGGUCCUGGAAAAAGCCCUGCUGUACCCAGGAGACAAAAUAAUCAAAGAAGGAGCAUAUGUGCUGAAGAUCAGACAGCCGGGGGGUCCCUAUACAACAAUGGACGGGAGUCACCACCAAAGACAACUGCUUUUAAGCAGACAAAGAUUAAAAAAUGCAUUAAAAAGGGAUGCCAAAAAUGGAAUGCAUGAUACAGGGAUUAAGGGGCAACUACAUGGAAAGCAGAAGGAAUACAGAGGCAGCUGGAUGUCAUUUGAGGAUUAUGAACAGUUAACAAGACGUCUGCACACGAAGUGGUCCAAUCUGAACUACAAGUCUCACGACAAUAACUUCUGGCCAGGUCACCUUCUGGACAAGCUGCGUAUUUACCUCCCACAGAUAGCACCUAAUCAGGAGCAUGCCCUGUUCAGCUAUGUUCAUCCAACACCACCUGUCUAUUCUGGCGUCUACAGCCCACACCGCAGCUGGCCAAUCAGUGACCAGGGAUACGUGACCUAUGGAAAUACUGAGACUCAAAAGUAUUGAUGUUGUCUGGAACAGUAAUGCUAUGCACAAUGAAAGCUUUGUGACCCCUCUGUCACCUCCAUGGACUUAGGCAACCAUCAUAAGCAAAAUAAAGCUAUCAAAGUAUGCAUUCCCAAAGUUAUGGGGGACUUGACAGAGCAGUUGACUUCUAGAUUAGCAAGUUUCUGUUCCUUGUGACUCAUAACACAAGACCUGGGGACAUUCAAUGAAACUGAAAGGUGGCAAAUUCAAAACUGAUAAUAUCAGACUGUGGAACUCGUCACCGUAAGACAUUGUUGAGGCUGAGAAUUUAGAAAGAUUCAAAAAGGGAUGGAGCAUUCAUAAAGAUAACAAGAAUAUCUAGACUUAUAAUAGUUAAUGCUAAUAAAAAUUCUGGGAGAGAUAUUAAUCUCAUAUUUCAGGACAAAAAACAAACUAACUAUUAAGGAUCAGGAUAAAACCUAAUUUGGGGGUCAGAUUAUUCCACAUCCAUCUAUCGUAGAGUUUCUUGCACUUUCCACUGAAGCAUCUGGUGGCAGCCACUGUCCAAGACAGGAUACUACACUCAGAUCUGAUUGAAGCUGGCAAUUCUUCUGUUCCUGUGAUUCCAAUCCAGCUCUUUGGUGACCCAUGUAAAAUGCACUUGGCAAGUCUCAGUCUAGUUUCUACCAGCAGAUAGAGCCAAGUCACAAAAACUGCCAUCACAACUAGCUGCACUUAUUGGCAGCCUUGGGAUGGAAGAGUGAGUGGGCCAUGAUAGUGACUAAACUAACUUGUCACACUUGUAGAAAUCAGGGUCAAGGCACAUGGGUGUGGGAAGGCAGAGGAAACUUGCUCUACUGCUGCCUAUGCUGUACCUGUUCACAAGGAUUUUGAUUUCCAUGAUAAAAAUGUCUUGAUGGACCAACACUUUAAAAACCUGCCAAUUCUCACACAGCCUGGGGAUACUAGACUACGAGAGUAGGAACACUGGUUGUUGGGACACUGGUCUUAUCCUGGCCCCUUGAGCAGCAUGAUGGGAUCUUUAACUGCCACCUGCUCAGCCAGAGAUGGGGGGUAGUUAUCCUAAUUUAAUUUAACAGGCUGAUGAAAAAUUUAAAUAUAAAUAUAGAUAUAAAUAAAACUUACCUUUCUCCUCCCCUUGCCCCCUCCCCUGCAAACAAACAAACAAAAAGCAAAUAUAGAGAAGGGAAUUUUAUUUAAAAACAUUUUUCAACAGCAGGUUCUGACGCAGAGUUUUCAUACUAUACAGAAGGCAUGUUUUAGCUAUUCAUUUUGAACUGUAUUAUCUUUCUUCAAAACACAGUACAUGUAGCAGUCAAACAGAAUUUAUGGAGAUCUCUCAGUAACAUGGAUUAUGGUUAUUUAGCUAUGCUGUAUACAAUUUAACCAGACAGUUCCAGGCAUAAAGAUCUUUCCUUGAAAAUAUUUAUGAACAGGCUAGUUAGUAAAUAGAAAAACUUCAGAACACUGAAUGUUAUGUACCUCACAGUACUGUGAAUAGCUGGUGCCAAUCAAAAAAGUGUAGUUACAAAAAUGCCUCAAAAAAUAAAAAUCAAGUUUGUUUUUCACAUUAAGUUGUGGCUUUAUUCAUAAAAUACAAUGUACAUGAUGGAUUUUUUUUUUUUAAAUCUGCUCUAGGAAUUACCUUGGGGAAGUUCACUGUCCUGUGCUGUGUAAGAGGUCAGAGUAGAUGAUCACAAUGGCCCCUUUUGGCCUUUGAACAUAUGAAACAAUAAAUGGCUUUAUUCAAAUUCUUAAAUCACUAGUCACAUUGGAAACUUUCAGAGUUUACAAUUUUAACAGUGAUGUCUGCUGAGCAGGUUGAACGAACCUACUUCAUUGCUGAGCAACCCAAGUGAAAUUCAAGAGAAUGCGCCAGCAUGUGUUAAUACUGAUCAGGCUUGAGUGGAACGUUAACUGAUGAUCAACAGCACGGCUGGGCAGAUGUGCGACCAGGAGCAAAUGACCAGCGGUGUGCUGCUAUUUUAACAAAAAAUUACAAAGUAUAACAUCCCAAGAGAUCCCAGAGUGCUUUGCAGGCAUCAUCUGCUACUACUGAAAUACACCAGCAAGCAGGUUUGUGUGGUAGUCUUUACAACUUCUCAGUCUGUGCUCCUCUAAUAACCCCUGCUCCAUACGGAGCUUAAAGCCAUAAUUAGGGUCCCCCUUAUGCAGAUACUUAACUUUAAGCGCAUGAGUAGUCCCAUUCACUUUCAAGAGUCUACUCAGGAGUUUAAAGUUAACACAGUUAAAAAUAGGUGCUUGCAAGACUGGAAUCUAGAACUAGAAUAUCCCUACGGGAGAGGCUAGAGAUAGGAUCUUACAAAAAUAUGAUAGAAUCCUCAAACAUGCUUAGCAAGGGUAUAAAUGGGAUUCUGAAGGAAAAGGUAUAAACAUAAAAUAUGUUCCUGAAGAUGUGAUAUACCAUUGAAAGCUUUAAGAACAUUCUAGUCCCAGGGUUCUCUAAAAGUACAUCCACUUAACAGAGCCCCACUUGGGUCCCUGCUUAGAAUCCAUUGAGUCAUUUCAUUUUAUGGUUCAGCCCUAUUAGGGUAGAUACCUGGACCUCCCAGGUGCAUCCUAUAAAAGGGAGGCAGCAAACAACCGCCUAUAGUGCUGUGGACUUAAUCCCAGGCAUAUAGGCUAACCUCACCCUAAACAGGGCCACCUGGGGGGGGAGCAAGUGGGGCAAUUUUUCCUGGGCCCCACAGGGGCCCCCACAAGAAUACAGCAUUCUAUAGUAUUGCAACUUUUUUUUUAUGGAAGGGGCCCCCAAAAUUACUUUGUUCCAGGCCCCCAAAGUCCUCUGGGCAGCCCUGGCCCUAAAGUAAAAGUAUUAGAAAAAUACCAAUGUAUUCCUUUGCUAGUAACCUAUAGUGACUGUCAAAUUCUCCCAAAGCCUAGAAUGCAGUUACUGUACUCAGAUUUGGUUAAAUCCUCAGGGCGAAGAGCUAGUCUUGCGAUAAGUGCCAGGUGGUUUCUAAUUACCAGGGCAGCCAAAACUUCCCAGAUUAGUUUUACAUCCUAUCAAAAAAUAUCACUAAUUGCAUGAUCCAACUAGAUCCUGUUGCAGGAGGACUGAAACCAAAGUGAAAUGCAGAAAAUUAAACAUUGCGUAAAGGAUGAGCUUUGAGAAAAACACCAACAGUUUGCUUCCUGUGAUAACAUAGCAAAAGUUGACAACACUAGCAAGAAACAGACAUUUAAGAAAUAUUUGA